AUGAUCCGAUUAUUCUCACAACCUGGACUGGAUAAAUUUCUACCAUGCUUGCACAUACCUGGCAUUGGAACGAGAUUUCAACUCUUUCAUUCUUUUCUGAAUAAUGGACAACACGAUUUAUCUCAACUCUCACCUCAUCAAGCCUUCCUUCUAUUUGCUAAAUAUUUAGGAAGAAUUCGAACGUACCGAGCAUUGGCACUCACCAAUGAUGAAUACAACACAAUCAUUCAACAAGAUUCCAUUCAUCCCACUGGAAGAUUGAAAACUACGAAAGAGAACGUCGAGCAAAUGGUCCAACAACACGGAAUUUGGAAGAUUUGUCAUGCCAGGUUGUACAUUGGACAACGAAUGGUUCAGUACGAUCCAUCUCUCUCUUUGCAUGAUCAUCCCGAAACAGCCACAUGUAUUGCAAAGGGAUAUAUGGAUUUGCCACAUCGGAAAAUCUACUUGAUGGAGUUACAAAUUCCUCUCAUUGAAGUUUUAGGUUACAAAGUGAGCGAUGUAAGCUUUACACCACAGAGAAGAUGGUUCUCCUUUUCAAAGAUUUGGUUUGAUAGUUUUGAUGAGGCCACUGAAAGAUAUGCAUUGUAUGAAAUUCCAUUCUUAUCAAAGCGGUUGAUGAAUGUAAGGAUUUUUGAGGAUCGAAACGAGAUUGAGAAAAUUCUUCAACCUUUCAGAGAGAUGCAAGAAGCAAAGAAAACCCUUUCUAAUGAUUAUGCACUAGAAGAAGAUGAUGACAUAGAGGAUUAA